AUGUUUCAAGAAGAGCACUUCUAUAAAAAUAUAGAGUUUGGAGCAUAUGAAAAUAUCGCACUCUUCAAAGCAGCGACUAUCUGCUUCCACAUAUCUGAAAGCACUGCGCAUUAUGAGCUCUACACAAAGGGGCAGUGCAGCCGCGUAUUUCCUCCCCAGCUUGGCUCACUGGAGAUAAUUCAUGGCAACGGCACCGCUGUUGGGACGGUGAUAAUGUUCCAGUGCUCUGCCGAGCACCAGCUGGAGGGGCAGGGUGUCAUCACCUGCAUUUGGAAAGGAAACACUACCCAGUGGACAGCAGGAGUGCCCUCAUGCAAGCCCGUAUCAAAAUAUGAGACGUUUGGGUUUAAGGUAGCAGUGAUUGCUUCCAUUGUGAGCUGUGCCAUCAUUCUGCUGAUGUCUAUGGCUUUUUUAACUUGUUGUCUCAUCAAGUGUGUGAAGAAAAGUGAAAGAAGGAGAACUGAAAGAGAUAUGCAGCUCUGGUACCAGCUCAGAAGUGAAGAAUUAGAGAACAUGCAAGCUGCUUACUUUGGUUAUAAGGGAAGAAAUAACAACAACAACAAUAAAAAGCUCAGGAGAAAGUCACUACCUGAUGAUGCGGCUAACAUGGCCUAUGAUAACCAAGGUUUCUUCAGGUUCCAGGAGGAGUGGACGCGGGACGUGGCAGCUCCUGGGCGUUGCAAGGACACUGACCAUCCGCCCAGGUUGUACAAAAGCAGUGGUGCACCUGUGAAACAAGCUGUGCCAGGACACAGUGCUGCAACACGUACAGUGAAUUCAAUACAUGUUGUUGAAGUCUAUGGACAUGAGGAUAGUUACAACAAACCUACGUCUCAGAUACCUGGGUAGCUGGGGUCUGAAAUACAAUAGCUCCUCUGGACCAAAAUAAAAUCUGGAUAGAAAUAUGUGCCUUAAAGACAACAUAGAAAGUUAACUGUUCAUAUGAUUUUGAAAUUUUAUAUAUUCUAAGAUAGUUAUUUAAAACAAACGCUUCAAGAUCUGAUCUAAAUAAAAUAACGAAAGUUGGCAGCGGCAGUCGAUGGCCAUUCUCUACAAUGUGCUAUAUGUUGUGACCGUGUCAAAAGUGUAAUAUUCUUCUGUGCAUAUAGAGAGAAAUGGUAACAAGUUUGUAUAAUUGCCUCAUACAAAGUCACUGAUGAUAAUUACCCAUUCAUAACCUUUCUUUUGACCUAUGUUUUUUGUAAACAUUUCAGAAAGAAAAAUCCCCCAUAUUUUUGCACACUAGUA